GUGUUGAACUUUCCAGGUGACCUGGAACCAGAGUUGUCAACCAUUUACGCCAAAGAACCGUUAGUUUUUAGAAACGCGGCGUUGAAAAUUGGUUCUGGAAUUUUAAAGUUAAAAUUAAAAGAAUGAAUUCGAAUUCAAUAAUGUUUCGCCUCCAUUGCAACAAGUGUUUUUGUCACAAAAAAAACAUCACCUCGUUGAACUUUUACAUUUCCAACUGCAAGCACAUACUCUGUGGCGGAUGCCUGCCCGGAUCUUCUGGGGACAAGAGGUGCCCUCUGUGUGGAGUACACUUCAAGCCUAUUCCCAUAUGCCCCAGCAUGCCCGAUAAAGUGGCCUAUUACUUUGAGGAUCCCCGGCGCUUUUUGGAACUCUAUCGGAAGAUCAGCAAGUUCCAGGCCGAUCAACGCGAUUCGGACGAUCGCGGAUUCCAGUUUAAAAUGCGAAAACGCACUGAAAUGAAGCGCAAGCUGGACAACUACCUUAGAAUGGAGGCGCAGGUGCAGCAGCACAAGAAGCUGCAAGAGCGGCCAAUCCAUUAUGACGAUACCCUUAGCUCAGAGGAAUGCGAGGCAGGAAUGCCCAAGAAGAGGCGCUACACGCUUCCCGAAACUCCUUCGACCAGCUCAUCCGAGGGCUUUCUUUCGGACGAAGACAAUGAGAAGUUCCUUCGGUAUUUUGAAGCAGCAUUGGCCGCAAACGAUAAGGAACCUGCAUCUUGGGGAAGAGACUUGUCCUACGACGAGGUUCUAGACUUUGAUACCUAAUUUGAACAUUACUUGAAUUAGCUUGUCAUAAAUGGAUUAAUUAAAAUUAGUUAUCUUUUCUCAACUAAACGAAAAGUAGUCUACUUAAAUUGUACAAA